GUUGCUAUUUUACUGACAUCUGUGGACUCUAGGCAGAAAAAUAUUAGUUUCGUAUGUUGUAUUAUUUAUCAAUUCAUUAACUUUUAUUUGUUGUUGCAAAUACCUAUAAAUGAUCUUGUUUUAAAAUAAGGACUAAACAAAAAGAAUCUUCAUAUUUAAUUUGACAUUAAAAAAUGAAAUGGUAGGAAAUUAAACUAUUCGUCAGUCACCCCUGCGCGCAGCUGGUCACAUUCUGCUGUCUCCGAUUUCAGCAACGCAUCAGCAAUGUGGGUGCCGAACAUGCCAAUUGUGAUCGUGUCGACGGUGGCGGCCACCGCAGGCGGCCUCUGCUUGUUUAAAGAUUUCUACGGCGGGCCUCCUUAUGAUAAGAACGUGAGGGCUGAAGGCAAGGUCGUCAUAGUGACGGGCGCUACCAGCGGCAUCGGCAGAGAGGCUGCCUGGGAUUUCGCUAGACGAGGCGCUAAGGUGUUCAUGGCAUGCCGCAACAUGGAGAAGUGCGAGGAGGUACGGCGCGACAUCGUGCUGGAGUCCAGCAACAAGUUCGUGUACUGCCGACCUUGUGACCUAGCCAGCACUGAGUCCAUCAGGAAAUUCGUUGAGAGGUUUAAGUCUGAAGAGCCUCAGGUGCACGUGUUGGUGAACAACGCGGGCGUGAUGGAGCCACCGGCCAGCGUGACGCGGGACGGCUUCGAGACACAGCUCGGAGUCAACCAUCUUGGACACUUCCUUCUUACCAACCUUCUACUGGACACGCUCAAGGAGUCAGCUCCGAGCCGGGUGGUGACUGUGUCGGGCAGCGCCCACUACCGCGGACAGAUCAAUAAGGACGACCUCAACUUUACGCAGAAAUACGACGCGCCCGCUGCGUACGCGCAGAGCAAGCUUGCCAACCUACUGUUUGUUAGAGAACUAGGCAGGAGGAUGUUAGGUUCGGGAGUUUCAGUAGUGGCGGUGGAUCCGAGUUUGACAGACACGAACAUAACACGACACAUGUCGAUGAUGAAGAGCGUCUCCCGCUACCUGGUGUACCCGAUAUUCUGGCCGUUUAUGAAGUCUCCCAAGAUUGGCAGUCAGGUCAUCGUCCACGCCGCCCUGGACCCAGCACUCAGUGACUGUUCCGGAGACUAUUAUGUUGAUAUGAAGAAGAAGGAGCCUUCGAAGUUAGCGCAGGACUACGAGCUGGCCAGCUGGUUGUGGAAGGUCAGCGAGAAGUGGACCAAACUCGACCAACAUAAAGCUGCGCUAGCGCAGGCUCGGGCCGCGUGAUAAUUAGUACAAUUUAAUUCAACUCCAGGAUG